GGGAUGCCGUUGGAAGGAGGGAGCUGAUCCCACCAGCCGGGCCCACUGUGCGGGAAGUUUAAAGAAGUGACGAGAGAAAAUGCGUGGACUUUGUGGGUUUGGUUGCUAAGGAAGUAGGAGCACCGGAUGGCGCUGCUGCACCGAUCGUGGCGGCGGUGGCCGCCGGUGGUAGCGUGCCACAUUACUCACACUCCGGCCUGGAUAACGGCCGCGCUGAGGGCCCGGUCUUCAAGUUUCGGUGCUGAAAAAAUAGAGGAGAGACAAAAACGCUUAAUGGCACGGGGAAUUCCAAAGCAAAAAAUGAUUCCAGGAGUGAAACAGGUUAUCGUUGUAGCCUCAGGGAAAGGCGGUGUUGGAAAAUCAACGACUGCAGUGAAUUUGGCUUUGGGAAUUGCUGCUUACGAUAUGGUUGUGGGUCUGCUUGAUGCAGAUGUGUAUGGUCCAUCUAUCCCACGUAUGAUGAAUUUAAGAGGAAACCCAGAACUGACAAACAGCAACUUGAUGAGACCCUUAGUCAACUUCGGGAUUGUCUGCAUGUCAAUGGGAUUUUUAGUAGAGGAAGGAGCACCAGUUGUUUGGAGGGGUCUCAUGGUGAUGUCAGCAAUUGAAAGGCUAUUGAGACAGGUUGACUGGGGUCAACUAGAUUACCUUGUGAUAGACAUGCCUCCUGGCACAGGGGAUGUGCAACUUUCCAUCUCUCAAAACAUUCCAAUUUCAGGUGCAAUUAUUGUUUCUACUCCCCAAGACAUUGCUUUGUUGGAUGCACAAAGAGCAACAGAAAUGUUUCGUAAAGUUAAUGUUCCUGUUCUCGGUAUUGUACAAAACAUGAGUGUCUUCCAGUGUCCCAAGUGCAAAUAUGAGAGUCAUAUCUUUGGAGCUGAUGGAGCAAGGGCGUUGGCAGCAAAACUUGCGUUAGAUGUCCUAGGUGAUAUUCCAUUACACUUAAAAAUAAGGGAAACAUCUGAUAAAGGCCAACCAAUUGUUAUAUCUCAUCCAGACAGUUCAGAGGCCAAGGCCUACUUAAGACUUGCUGCGGAGGUGAUAAAAAGACUGCCAACACCUUGUGUGAGCAGUGGAUAAGUUUAGGUCUACGGAAUUUAGAUCCAUUUCCAAUUUUUUUUUGUUCAAGUAGGCAAGUUCAAGACUUCUGAAAACAGCUGCUAAAACAGAACACGUUUUGAGUAAAAAAAAAUAACCUCAAGAAAACGUAAUGACAUACGAUUGUACAGAAAUCUAAUUUUAUAUUUGGCAUCAAGAAAACUAACUGCUCUUUGUCAUGUGAAAUGAGAGGUGUUUACUGACUGCAAUUAACUUCUAUGUAUCAAUACAACAGUAUACAAGACAACCAGAUACUGAGUACCACUGAGAAUAUUUUGGAAAGGUGGAGGAAUUUGGCCAAAAGUUCAGAAGUUGUCCAAAAUGCAACUUAUAGGGGAAUCAAACAGGGAAAACUCCAUACGAGGUUGUAUUUUGAAAGGCAGUGUUGGUGGGGAGAGCACAGAGGAUGGGCCUGAGUACUGGGGCGGUGAUUGUGGUGGUGGUGGUGGAGGAAGAAAUGGGGUAAAAUGACCUCAAAUAGUAGGGAGGAAAGCAGGCCUGAAUAUCAACAAUUGGGGCAAGGCCUAACUGUGUGUUUGAGGGGUGAAGGGACUGCUUCCGAAUUUUUUAUCAAGAGCAUCCAUUGGAAAGUUUUCAAAAGUAGGAGAUCUUCAACAUGCCAUUGAUAUUCAUCCAGCUAUAAAGCACAAAAUCUUGUGUAUUUUGAAGAGUUUAAAUUUAAUUGUGGUCAAGUAUCCAAAUUUUCAACAGAAGUUCUUUAGAAAAUGCUCAUGGUCAUGUUUUAAAGUCAUACAUAUUGGUACGACACAGCUAGUUGAAACUAAAAGCUCACAAAAUGUCUCAAAACCACUCAUUAUUGAACUAUCAAGGGAACAAAUCCUCAAUAACAUCAAGUAAUUCAAGAAAAAUAUUACGACCAAACUGAGGGAGGUUCUGAUUAUCAAUGUCAUUUCGCAAACGUCAUUUGACUGUCCUAGAAUAAGGAAUGGAUCUUUGCAUGAUGUGGCAAGAGGGGUUGAUCCCAAUGUGUGUACAAUCUGAUUUUAAAAACUGUAUGGAAGAUAUAUUUAUCAUAAUCAAUAAAUCAUUUGUAUAUUUAAAUUUAAAAA